CCCGAAAGUGACAUCUUUUUGUGUAUGAAUGCUGAGUGAGCAGUAUUCUUUUUCUACCAAGUCAAUCGGCAGGCUGAAAAUAAUCGACAUAAGGAGAGAGGCAAAUGCUCAUCAUGUUGUCCCUACACCCUUUGAAGCAUUUAGCCAGGCAUAACCCUAAGGCCUUGAGGCAGCAAUUUCGAAAUCUGACGCUGCUUGAGCAUCAUUCCCACAAACUGCUCCAGCAGUAUGACAUCCCAGUGCCCGAUGGAUAUGUCGUCGACAACCCGCUGGACGCCAAAGCAGUGGUAACAAAGAUAGGGAAACCCUCAAUGCUGAAAUCACAAAUUCUUGCCGGUGGUCGCGGAAAAGGGAAAUUCGACACUGACGGCAAGGGCGGCGUUCGCAUGGUCUCGACACCACAUGAAGCCUUCACCAACGCGACCAACAUGCUUGGCCACUAUCUCAAAACCAAGCAGACCCCGCCCGCCGGUCUGCUCGUCAAAAAGCUCUACAUCUACAAAGCCGUCGACGUUGUCCACGAAUACUAUUUCUCGAUCACUUUUGACCGCCAGAAAUCCAGCCCCGUGAUCCUCAUCUCAGACGAGGGUGGCGUGAAUGUCGAGGCUAACUCAGACAAGCUGCACCGAUUCUGGUUUUCCUUGUCUGAGGGCAUAAUGCCCAAGAUUAUCGCAGAUAUCCGCUCAAGAUUGCUCUUCUCCAGGACCGAAAUGCCAGUCAUCGAACAUAUUAUCCGGCAAAUGGUGGAGCUAUUCAACGCCAAGGAUGCCAUCCUGCUCGAGUUAAAUCCCCUUGCCUUAACAUCUGAAGGGAAGUUUAUCUGUCUGGAUGCGAAGUUUGAUUUCGAUAAUUCGGCGCAGUUUAAACAGGAAGAUCUGUGGGAGCUUGAGGAGCAAACGCCAGACUCAGAGAAUGAGCAUGAUGCUUCUAAGAAUGGCCUUGUAUACAUCCGUCAGGGUGGGAAUAUCGGAAAUAUUGUGAAUGGGGCUGGACUAGCAAUGGCAACUAGUGAUUUGAUCAAUAUUCAUGGUGGGAAAAGUGCGAAUUUUCUGGAUAUCGGGGGGAAGGCGACGACCAGCACGCUGCUGAAAGCAUUUGAGAUCCUAGCGAGGGAUUCGCGUGUUCAAGGGAUCUGGAUUAAUAUUUUCGGAGGUAUUGUUCGGUGUGAUAUGAUCGCCAAGUCGAUUCUGCAGGCCGCAUCUUCCAUGGGCGGAUUUCGAAUUCCGGUUGUAGUGAGGUUGCAGGGGACAAAUAGCGAGUCUGCGCUGAAGAUGCUUGAAACGUCAGGGCUGAAUCUUCAUACUGAGACAGACUUCGAACUAGCAGCCACCAGCAUCAUUAAAUUGGCAUCCGGAGGGCAUUGACGCAUACCGUGGUGCUCUGGUCUCUCUUGGAAUUGAUAGUCGUCAUUUAAUAUGAAGGAGUGUUCUUCUGCGGUUUCGGUUGGAAGGAAACUAUUGUAUUGUUGUUUGCAGAUUUUGAACGUGGUAUCCUCUGGUACUCUGCGAUUCUGAUUUCUGUUACAGCAAUUCAAGUAUCGGUCCAUCUGGGGGACCAGACCAAGGACUACGGCGGUCCUUGGGAUGGUCCGACCUGAGGAGCAGAAAAUCGUACUCCGACAAGCAGAUAUAUAAGGAUACGAACUCAGCUUAGUUCUUCGUGAU